AUGGCUGAAGAUGGAUUAACUUCUCACCGAAGAGACCCUAUCAAGUCUUCAGUUGGGAAUGUUGCGGCCCAUAGGAGGCGGCAAAAUGCGGUGGCGGUGGGGAAGGAAAGGAGAGAAUCGUUGGUUCGUGCUAAACGUCUUUGCAGAGUGGGGCCUAGUGGUGAUGAUAGUGACAUUCCUAUCGAAAAUGACAUGAUAAUUGAUGAAGAGCAAUCAAUUUUAGAUGCUCAAACUUCGUCGGCUGUUGAAGAGUUGAAGUCUGCCGUUGCUUUCAAGGGGAAAGGUGCAAUGCAGAAGCUAGUUGGUGCGCUUCGGGAGCUGAGGCGUUUGCUGUCAAAAUCUGAAUUCCCUCCUGUUGAAGCUGCUAUUAAAGCUGGAGCAAUCCCCUUGCUUGUGCAGUGUCUCUCAUUUGGCUCUCCAGAUGAACAGUUACUUGAGGCAGCAUGGUGCCUUACAAACAUUGCAGCAGGAAAACCAGAUGAAACAAAAGCAUUAUUGCCUGCAUUACCGCUGCUUAUUGCACAUCUUGGAGAAAAGAGUUCCUCUCCUGUGGCUGAACAGUGUGCAUGGGCAUUGGGAAAUGUUGCUGGUGAAGGAGAAGAGUUGAGAAGUGUUUUGCUAUCUCAAAGAGCCUUACCACCUCUUGCAAGAAUGAUGCUGCCAAACAAGGGUUCAACUGUGAGAACAGCUGCUUGGGCAUUGUCAAACCUAAUCAAGGGACCAGAUCCUAAAGCUGCGACAGAACUCAUAAGAGUUGAUGGGGUUCUAGAUGCAAUUCUUCGGCACUUAAGAAAAGCGGAUGAGGAAUUGGCAACUGAGGUAGCAUGGGUAGUUGUGUAUCUCUCAGCCCUUUCGAAUGUUGCUACCAGUUUGCUGGUUAAAAGUGAUGCCCUUCAACUGCUUGUACAAAGAUUAGCAUCAUCAAAUAGCUUGCAGUUGCUUAUUCCGGUACUACGAAGUUUAGGUAAUCUAAUAGCUGGUGAUUCCCACACAAUAGUUGCUGUUCUUCUUCCUGGAUAUGAAAUCACAGCUAAUGUCAUUGAGGUCCUUGGAAAAUGUUUGAAGAGUGAGCAUCGGGUCUUGAAGAAGGAAGCUGCUUGGGUAUUAUCUAAUAUUGCAGCUGAUUCGAUUGAGCAUAAGCGGUUGGUACAUUCUAGCGAGGCUGUGCCUCUAUUACUGCGGCUUCUUUCAACUGCACCAUUUGAUAUAAGAAAGGAAGUAGCAUAUGUUUUGGGUAACCUCUGUGUUGCCCCAACAGAAGGCAACGGAAAGCCAAAUUUAAUCUUGGAGCACCUAGUUUCCCUUGUUGGUAGAGGAUGCCUUCCUGGUUUUAUUGACUUGGUUAGGUCUGCUGAUACUGAGUCUGCAAGACUAGGGCUUCAAUUUAUGGAGCUGGUUUUGAGGGGGAUGCCAAAUGGUGAGGGCCCAAAGCUUGUUGAGCGAGAGGAUGGUAUUGAUGCCAUGGAAAGAUUUCAGUUUCACGAGAACGAAGACUUGAGAAAUAUGGCAAAUGGUUUAGUUGAUAGAUAUUUUGGCGAGGACUAUGGGCUUGAUGCGUAG